CUUUAUUAGAUGUUAAAUUGGGGGUCUGAGGCCUCCAAGCUUGGGGUGGAGCGGGGCACACUAGCCUUAACCUGACCCUAUCUGUUCUCUCCACAUAGGAAUGUGUUUGCCACCUAGGCCACAAGGAUAGAGCUGACCUGCCUGCCUGGUGGCAAAUCACAAGAAACUGAUCCCUGAUGCCAUUGAGAGGUCACUGGUGCUGCCCUGCCUCUGGGUUGGUCAGUAAUAAACCCCCCCAAACCCAAACUGAAGCAGAAAAGGGGAUCUGGUGGCUCAGGUAACUGACAAGUCUGUGAGGAGGUUUAGCUUCAGGCGUGGCUCAGCCCAGGUGCAGCCUGAUCCAGCUGCUCACAGGAGCCUUUCCCACUGGCUGCAUUCUUUCAUGCAGCAGCAAGGAUGCACCCACGAGUCCUGCAGAGGGAGCUUCUCUAUAGUUUAGGCAGAGCUAUGAGGGUUGGCACAUAUGGACCUUGGAACAAAUAACUAGAGAUGCAGCCGGGCGAGGGAGUCCCAGGGUGGUCUGCGGGCCGGAGGCUGGUGCUCUCUGGAUGCACAGGCCUGGAAGUGGAGGAAGGCUUCCCGCAUGCUGUGAAGACAGGAAGGACCCACGCAGGACCAGCUGGGAUGGAUCAGGUGGCCUGUCGUCCACCCCUUGGUUCCUGCUGCUGUCAGGAGGAAACCAGGGAGGGUGGUGCCGGGGUUGCAGGAUCUCCGUGGCCCACACCUCACCUUCCACUCAAGGCUGCCAUCCAGCACCCGCCUGAGUGCUGGCUCCCCGGCUGGAGAAUGACCUCAUGCUGCGUAAGGUGCUGGGGUGGCGGGCCUGGCACCCACAGCUACCUCCUCUGCCUGCCACCCCUCUCACCUGCUCCUUUUCCCCACAACUGGACAGGAAGGUGAGGCCCAGCAGGAUUGUCUAGCCCCUGACCUUGCCCAGAGGGCUCCAGGCAGUGAGGGAAGGAGCCUGGUGCAGUGCAGCCAACUGGGGGCUGACCCACCAGGGCAGGCACCUGACCCACAGGCUGGACACCCAGAUGGGCAACAACGGCUGCUUCUGGCAGGGCAGCACCACCCCCCACAUGCUCUGCCUGGCGGCUAGCUCUCAUAACCAACCCCCUUGGCCCCUGGUAUGCAGUCAAGGCCGGGUGGAUGGACUCCUGUCCUUCAGCUCCAAGACCUGCAUGGACAUCUUCAAGUCUCCUGUGGCCACUGCUGUGGCUGUGUCCUGGAUCAGGAGAACCAUUGACUGCUGGCCAUCCUGGCCUGUCUGGCACUCCAGCUGA